AGUCAUGGCUGUCCGCGAAGUGUUCGAAAUUUGGGACUACCUGGUGGUGGGAGCAAUGCUGCUGGUAUCGGGUGCCAUCGGGGUCUACUUCCGGUUCUCAGGAGGCAAGCAGAAGACCACCGACGAGUACCUGAUGGCCGGAAGGAACAUGAGCAUGCUGCCCGUCAUCCUCUCCCUCAUGGCCACUAUCCAGACUGCAGUCGGCACGCUGGGAUUUCCUGGGGAAGUCUACCUGUACGGCGCCGGACUUUACGUUUAUCCUCUCGGAUUCACGGUGGCUCUCGUGUUUUGCACGUUUGUGCACACGCCGGUAUACUUCGGGAUUCAAGUGACGAGUGCCUACGAAUAUCUCGAAAAGCGGUUCGGAAGGUUGACGAGGAUUAUUAUCUCAGGGCUCUUUGUAUUACAAAUGGUUUUGUUUAUGUCAGUUGGAUUGUAUUCUCCUUCUAUAGCACUCAGCGCAGUGAGCGGUCUUUCGCACUUGGUGUCCAUCUUGACCGUGGGUCUGGUGUGCGCUUUCUACUGUACGCUGGGUGGCAUGAAGGCCGUCUUGUGGACAGAUGUCUUUCAGUCUGUCUUGAUGUGGUUCGCCCUUCUUUCAGUCAUCAUAAAAGGCUCCGCUGACCUGGGAGGCGUCCAAGAAGUUUUCAGGAUAGCCGGAGAGGGGGGAAGACUCAACUUCUUCAAUUUCAAUUUUGACCCGACACUGAGGUUCACAGUGAUGAGCACUUUCAUUGGAGGAUUUAUGUAUGGCAUCACCACUUGUGGAGCUAAUCAGACUCAAGUUCAGCGCCUAUUGACUGUCAGCACCCUCAAAAGAUCACAACUGGCCCUUCUCAUCAGCAUCCCCAUGAACCUUCUCAUGUACUACACCAUCUACACCUGUGGCCUCGUCAUCUAUGCCAACUUUGCCAACUGCGAUCCUCUGCUGUCACCACAAACGACGGGAAUCUCUUCGGGAGACCAGUUGAUCCCAUACUACAUGAUUCGAUCCUUUAGCGCCUACCGCGGGAUGGCAGGAUUCUGUGUCUCGGGUGUCUUCUGCGCCGCCCUUACCUCCAUCUCCUCCGCCGUCAACUCACUCGCUGCCGUCACAACGGAAGACUUCGUCAAGCCUAUCUUCCUGCGCCGCGGACAUUUCUCUGAGAAGGCCUCCACCAGAGCUUCCAAAUUCUUUGCUCUCUUCUACAGUGCGUUAUGCAUAGCGAUGACAUAUAUAGUCGGAAACAUCAAAGCGAUCAUCCCAGCCGCUUUCGUGGUCUUCACUGCCAUUGGUGGUCCCACACUGUCCAUCAUUACCUUGGGGAUGCUGACCACCACAUCCAAUCAGAAGGGCGUAAUAAUAGGGCUCCUGAGCGGCAUAGCUCUUAAUGCCUGGAUCGGUACUGGAGCAAUCAUAUCGGAUUUCCCUCAAGUUAAACUUCCACAGAGCAACGAGUCCUGCCCAGUGACGAAUCUUCCGUAUAACACGACGUCGUCUGUGAUGGCCGGCAUGAAUCUGACGACGCCGUUCACAACAGAUGUUACGUCUUUUCCUGAGGACGACAUUUCAUUAAUGAAGAAGGAAAUUUUUCCACUGUACAAAUUGAGCUUUCUUCUUCAUCCUGUGCCUGGAACACUACUUACCUUAAUCAUUGGCUACAUAGUCAGCUUCAUUACAGGAGGUGACAAGCUGGUGGAUGAAAACUUGCUUUGUCCGUUCAUGAGAAAACGAUUGAGUGCCAACACUCUGAAAACGAAUGGAAAAGUGGCUUCCGGUUUUCCAGUACUAGAAGACAACUCUUCAACAGACCACAGAAACGGAUUUACAAAUCACGUUCACCCGGAUAAAAUGAAGAAUGGACUGCAAAAUAUCUUGGAAGAAAGCAAACUUUGAUGAAGGAUAGUAUUUAUUAUAAGAACCAAUUGUUGGUAGUUGUAUAUACUGACUGCGCCGGUUCCUCGGUUGUACAUUAGUAUAUUUGAACAAAACUCGUGUAGUAAGGCACAGGUAAUACUUGUAUUCAUGCGUUUCAGAGCUAAAAAGAGUCUACAAGCAUAAACUGCUUUUCUGACUGUAUAGCUUUUCUCGCGUGUACUGAAGAGACAUCCUGAAACGCCAACAAAGUGCACACACAUUUUCUAAUCUCACUUCAAUCAGACCGAGAUUACAGAUCAGUAUGAAUUUGUGUCUUAUGUAUGUUUAUUUUGUUCAAGUCUACAGAUAUUGGUGAGCUUUUGUUCGUCUUUUGGAAAGAGACUUUUUCAGUUAUAAUGGUUUUUGACUCUAGGCAGAUUUUUUACUUCUACCUACGCAUUCAAGCAUAAAUAUCAUUUCUCGUAUACUCUGGCUCUGAUAAGUUGAUUUCCGACCGACUGAAGCUUAAACGAUUCCACCUAAUAAAAUAGGGGUGAAGAAAGACGCCAUCUCUUCAAACCACGAUUUUGCGUUGUCGAUGAGGAAGGGUUAUUUAUUUGCGUUGUGCCAAUUCAAGAAUUUCUCCUAUUUCAACUCAAAAAUAAGUGAGUGCGUCCAGGUAGGUCCACGCAUCUUUUUACCAGAGCCACACUAUAGUCGCCAUGUUUGGUUUUGUAGCGAAAAUAAACAAAGUAUAACGCAGAGGUUACCUUUUCUCUUAUCCCCAGAGCGGUUGAGAAUUUAAAACUUACAGCACAUAAUUUUAAUAAAAAGUCGCUACAAUAACGCUCCAAGAUUGAUGAGUUCAUAAAACAAGGCGUACACCAAGACAGAGGUGCACACUAGGGUGGGUCGAAAAAAGAAUAUUUUCGAGAAUCAACUUCUAAUAUAAAAAAAGUUGUGUAUUGCCAUCCUAAACAUGGGAAAAAAAAUUAAUAUUUAUGUUUUCAGAUCGCGCAUUGGCAGCAAAGUUUGAAAAAAAAAAUAAAAAAUGGUCAAUUUUCAAAUAUUUUUAUAAAAAUCGAAAUGUUCAAAAAUUUGUUCUAAUCCCAUUUAAAUGCUUCCUUUUAAUAGUCUUUUAAUAUAUUUUUGAAAAUAUUUACAUUCCUUUAUAGUUUUUAGUUCGCGCAUAAGCCGCACAUUUACGUGAAAUCAACCAAAAAUCGACGUUUUUGGUAUUUUGUACAUUGCAGUAUUUCUUUUUUUAGACCCCAAUUAUAUAUUUUUACAGUAAAUGUGCACUAUACAGCUCUUUGCUGGAACUGCAAUUAUUUUGUGUUGCAUUAACAACCCAGAACCCACUCCAAGUAGGUGGUUGCACUUUGUGUUCAACCCUGCAAUUCCCAAGAAGACUGUACUUAUUGACAAGACUUAUACACUUGUAAAGUAACUUUUAUAAUAAUUAUAUGGUUUUAAACAAGUUUCUACGCUUUUAUCAAGAUGUGAAGUUGGACUUAUAGCUCAGAAUUGGCACUGAUGUUUGAAAAAUAAAGGUUUUAAUAUAAAUCCAUCUCUUCCGUUUAAUACCUCAAAUGAAUUUCUGCGGAUUCACUGAACAGUUCCACAAUCCUCUCCACUGCCCGUGCAUGAUAAUGGGAUAGUUUCUAGAAAGGAUAAAAUAUCCUUGUUUUUCACAUCAUCACUGAAGCGGAGGAAAUAAACACGUUGACCUGUCAACUAACUGCUGUAGUUCGAAUCUUCAAAUCUUAAUAUUGAUGGAAAAAACUCUCUUAUAGGUUUUGAAGUGUUUCUUGAUUGGUAGUUUUUUGCGUUGUAUAUGGAUAUCUUACUGUAAUCCAUUUCCUUUGUAUUUCGCAUUUAGUGCAUUGCCAUGACUAAUAACAAUUUCUCAAAAAUAACAAAGUAAGCAUUUCAUUGAAUAACCGGAUCCACGAUGUUUGGAAGAUUAUCACACAUCUGACUUGCAGGUUUUGUAACUUGAAACAGGUGUACAGGUCUAUGUUUCACGGAAGUUUGUUCUUUUCUUUAAACUUUUAAUUAUAUCAAACCAUAGAAGCAUAAUUUUUUAAGAUAUUAUUUACGAGUGCUUUCAUUCCACUAGUAGUUUACAGCCCCAGCACUCCGUUAGCACACGUUAAUUAAAGCUAAUGACUAAAACGUCUCAGUUUCGUGGGAGCGAGAUCAAAGUCGCAUUUUCCUUUCUGUAUUGCAAUAACAAUAUCCACUUUUGUUCGGUUUUUAAGUCAGUUUCUAAAACCUCAAUUCCUUUCGACCGAGCUCUUUCUAAGUUAUUAAUAUUAAAUUUUACAAAAACAGUUGAUGCUUUAUCCAUAAAUCAGUAAAUGUUUCUCUUUUUCACUUCGGCUGUGGAAUGGGUUAUUAAACUGGUUAUAGUGAGUAAGUAGGUAGGGUGUUUUUUGGAAUGAGACAAGAUAUGGAUUAAUGUGAAAACCUUUAUGCUCGCGACCCUCAAUGCCCCAAACUUCACACCUUGAUCGAAACAUAGAAACUUGUUUAAAACCAUAUAUGUAGUUAUUUUGAACACAAAGUGCAACCCUACUUGGGGUGGGUUCUGGGUUGUUAAUGCAACACAAUAUAAUUGCAGUCAUAGCAAAGAGCUGUAUAGUGCACUUUUAAAGUUAAAAAUACAUAACUAGGAUCUAAAAGAAGAAAUAUUGCAAUGUACAAAAUCAGCUAAAAACGUCGAUUUUUGAUUGAUUUCACGUAACUUUGCAGCUUAUGCGCGAACUAAAAACUGUAAAGGAAUGUAAAUAUUUUCAAGGAUAUAUUAAAAGACUAUUAAAAGGAAUCAUUCAAACGGGAUUAGAACAAAAAAUUUGAACAUUUGGAUUUUGAAAAAAAAUAUUUGAAAAUUAACGAUUUUUUUUACUUUUUUUCAAACUUUGCUGCCAAUGCGCGAUCUAAAGACAAAAAUAUUAAUUUUUUUUAUUAUUUUUUCCAUUUUUAGGAUAUCCAUACACAACUUUUUUUUGCUGUUAGAAGUUGCUUAUCAAAAAUUUCCUUUUUUCGGCCCACCCUAGUGCCCACCCCUCUUAAGAGCAAGGGUGCAUCCCCCCUAAAUAUCGCAAAGACACCUUAAAAGCGAGAGCCUCCCCCCCAAACGAGAAAAAUACAGCUCAUAACACUUCUCCUAUAAAUUUUAAUGGCUCAGUCUGCGCCAUGACCGCCUCCCUCCCCCCAGGUGGGCAUCGAUGCACCAUAAGCACCAAGUAUGACCUUAGAAAAUUCAUUCAUAAACAAAAGUAUAAAGUGGUGACCAAAUGGCGCGAAGUGCAAUGUUAAUGCGCGUCAUUGCCAUACCUCGUCUCGAGGCUAAUAAAGUUUUGGUAAUCUUGGUAAAAACCUUCGCAACAGAAAGUUCCCUGUUUUUUGAAUACAAGACUCCCUUUUUAUAACUGGUAUCGAAGUAGAGACAGGUUAACCCUUUGACAUAUAAUGACGUCUGAGAGAUAUCGAAGAAUUUGUAAUGGCAAAUGAAAUGAAUGACAUCUCGGAGAUGUCAGCCUGCAAUGGUUCUUGAAGUGAAUGACAACUCGGAGACAGAAGACAUCACUGUCUACAAUGGAGAAAUGUCAUUUAUUUCAAUUAUGGUGGAAAUAAAUGACAUCUCUCAUACACCCAUGUAUAUCAAGAGGUUAAAACUGUUGCUUGCCUUGCCUUAAAGCUUACUGAGAGACUGAUCAAGAGCUGGCGAUCUUGACAAAAACCUUUAUAACUGAAAAUUCCUCGUUGUUUUUUAAUACAAGACUCCCUUUUCACUAGCUGAGAUCGAAGUAGAGACAGUUAACACCUGGACAUACAAUAACGUCUCGGAGACGUCAAAGACUUCGUACAUGAAAUGAAUGACAUCUCGGAGACGUCAGUCUAUAAUCGCAGGGGUGUCCACCUAGAGAGGGGGAGGGGGAGUCAUGGCUCAAACUGCACCAUUGAAAUUUUUAGAGAAGGAGGUUUUGAAGGAUAUUUUUUUCUUUUUUGGGGGACUCGCUCUCGGGUGUAUCUGUAUUAUUUAGGGAGGAUGCGUCCUUGCUCUUGGGGGAGAUGGACACCCCUUGCAAUAGUACCUGAAGUGAAUGAAAUUUCGGAGACGUCACCGUCUGCAAUGGCCACAUGAAUAAAUGAUAUCUCCCGUACGCCAUUGUAUAUCAAGAGGUUAAAGCUAUUGUUAAGGUGUCGUAACUGCAAGUGAUUUUAUUAGCAUGCUAAGGAUCUAAGCGAGAAAGAAACCUUAGGUCUAAGGAAGAAAUGGGGGGGGGAGCAGUAAAAAUUGGUAUAUAAGGCCUUUUCGCUCUAAUUUUACUGUGUGGAAUACUUGUUUUGAUUUAAAAUACAGUAACUAAGUCUUCAACUGAAUUUUGAGAUUCUUCAAAAUUCUGACGUUUAGCUAGUAGACGUUUGAAAAAUUAUUUUACUUGUAUGUUACAAAAAUACAGAUAAUUUUUAUGUAUUUGAAAUAUUAUUUCUUAACCAUAUAUGCCUGCUACGGAUCUCCCAAUUUUCUUCUUUUUUUUGAGUGCGUGUGUGAAAAAGUGCCAUUAGAAAAGUUCUUCAUGGACUGUCCACCAUGAAUGAUGUCACAACUUUUAUCAACAUAUUUGACCCCCUUUCCUCUUCGUCACAAAAUGUCACAUCUUUAUAAAAAAUAAAAAAUAAAAAAAAUAAAAAAUGAAAAUAAUAAAAAACACUUUUGAAGAUUUUUUUCCCUGCUGAAGGGUUUUCCAUCGUUCUUCUGACGAUGAAAAGCACACUAUUAAGAAUAUUAAAAUAUUCUCUUUCAAAAAAAAAAAAAAAA